AAUGGAGGUGAUGAAGCCUUUGAUUGGAGAGGAGGGAAAUACUGAUGAGCUUUCUGAUGAAGAGCCCGGCAUCCAGAGACGUUACCACCCCGGCAAUGAGGAUGGUCUGACGUUCGUACAGACAUUGAUUCAUGUUUUGAAGGGUAACAUAGGCACGGGACUCCUUGGCCUUCCUCUGGCCAUAAAGAAUGCUGGUAUUCUGUUGGGGCCAGUGAGCCUAAUUUUUUUUGGAAUCAUCUCAAUUCAUUGUAUGAAUGUACUGGUACGCUGCAGUCAUUUUUUAUGUCAGAGGUACAAGAGGACAAAUUUGGGCUACAGUGAAACAGUUGGGCUGUCAUUGGAAGUGGGACCGGCGAAGUUCCUCCAGCAGUACGCCACCGUGGGGAAGAACGCAGUGGAUUUUGCCCUGGUGGCCACGCAGCUGGGGUUUUGCAGUGUUUACUUCGUCUUCCUCGCAGAAAACGUGAAACAAGUGUUUGAAGUUUAUAUUGAGAGUCCCUCUCAGCAUCCAGAAUCAGAAGGAAGGUGGAAUCUGGACCUACGAUUGUACAUGAUAUGUUUCCUGCCACUCAUCAUUCCAUUGGUUUUUAUACGGAAUCUGAAGAACUUAUCCAUCUGCUCAUUUCUAGCCAAUGUAUCCAUGGGUGUCAGUCUCGUCAUCAUUUAUCACUAUGUUCUCACGAAUCUUUCUGAUCCCCGUACUCUGCCUUUGACGUCCACUUGGAAGAAAUAUCCGCUAUUUUUUGGAACAGCAAUCUUCGCUUUUGAAGGCAUAGGAGUGGUUCUUCCCCUGGAAAACCAAAUGAGGGACAAGAAAGAGUUUUCUAAAGCUUUGAACAUUGGGAUGGCAAUAGUGACAGUUUUGUACAUCUCUCUGGCCACAGUGGGGUACCUGAGCUUUGGAGAGAAAAUCAAAGGUAGCAUCACUCUAAACCUUCCUCAAGAUUCCUGGGUCUACCAGCUAGUGAAGGCUCUGUAUUCCUUUGGGAUCUUUGUAACCUACGCCAUUCAGUACUACGUUCCUGCUGAAAUCAUCCUGCCCCUUGUUACAUCAAGAGUAUCCAAAAGGUGGAAGCUAGCUUGUGAACUUGCAGUGAGGACUCUGCUAGUCUGCGUAACCUGUGCCAUGGCGGUGUCUAUCCCGCGUCUUGAUUUGGUGAUCUCAUUCGUGGGAGCGGUGUGCAGCAGUUCAUUGGCGCUAAUCCUUCCGCCACUGAUUGAAAUUCUCACUUUCUACAAAGACAAUCUGAGCCCGCUCACAAUUAUGAAGGAUGUUUCCAUAGCGAUGAUUGGAUUUGUGGGUUUUAUUAUGGGGAGCUACGUAACAAUUGAGGAAAUUAUUUAUCCAACUCAUUUACCAUUGGCGAACGUCACAGAGAGUCCUUUACAAGAAAUUAACAGCACUUUCCUGGGUUCCCACUGAACCCUGUUGUUCCCAUUCCAUUCCUGUGCCUUCAACCUCAGAAGAGGACUAAGGAUAUGUGCACAUUGGUGUCUUCUGAUUAGAUUUUUGUUUUUGUAGAAAGG